AUGGAAUAUAAUUCGUGCAGUGGAUAUAUGGCUCCUGAGUAUGUAAUUCAUGGUUGCUUUUCUGUCAAAACGGAUGUCUUCAGUUUUGGGGUGUUAGUUCUUGAAAUUGUAAGCGGUAAAAAGAUUGGUAGUUUCCGAUAUGGCGAGAAUGAAGAGGACCUGUUGACCUAUGCAUGGAGAAAUUGGAGGGAAAAUACGUUUCAAAACAUCAUAGAUCCCGUGUUGACGAGAAGUUCACUAAUGGAAACGAUGAGAUGCAUCCACAUUGGUUUACUGUGUGUUCAAGAGAAUGCGGUGGACAGGCCAACCAUGGCUUCAGUUGUAUCCAUGCUUAACAGCCAGUCUCUCGCACUUCCAGUACCCUCACAACCUGCAUUCUGUAAGCAUGGUACCAGCAGCCUCUCUCCACAUGUAUCAAAAUAUGAGCCUUCAAAUAUUACUGAACCAUAUCCCCGCUAG